AUGUCAGAUACAGGAUUAAAAAUCUGGGACUAUUCUAAUUCUAAUAAGGGGUCAGUCUAUGAGAAUUAUCUUAAACAGAAUAAGGAAAAAUUUCACAAUUAUACAUUCAAUGGUAAAGGAGAGCCCCUUAGGAGGUGGUUCUCACCAGGAUAUGUGGAGCCAAUUUGGUUUAUAGAACAAGGAAAUGAAACCAGGAGGCAGCCAGACCUGUUCAGACUUGUGGCAGCAGCUAACAUGGUGCUUGAAAAGAAGCCAACAGAUGCCAAAUAUAAUGCCUUGGGAAUUAAGGCUUGUGUUUCCUAUCCAUAUGCUAUGCUUUUAGCUCAACAAGCUUUUGUUAAUAUUUCGCAAGAAAGUGGAAAUUCAUUCAAAAUCUAUUGUCAUUCAUGGAAGCUUACCAAUUGUAUUUCUUCUUCUGAAUCUAAGGAGCUCGGCACAAUUAUUAUAGUUAGGCGUCCACCUUAUGUUAUGUUGCCUGUAGAGUUAGGAAGUGAACCUUGGUAUGAUAAUGCUGCAUUGCAGGUAUUAGAAGAUUUAAAAGCUUUAGUUAGGCCAAAAAGGUUUGUUGCUGCACUUAUUUUGGGAAUUACUGCAUUAAUAGCAAUUUUGACCACUUUUGCUGUGGCUACGGUUGCCUUAGUAGAAGAGAUUAAUACAGCUCAUUUUGUUAAUGAUUUGAAAAAGAAUGUUUCUUUAGCUCUUUUAGAACAGGAAGCUAUAGAUAAAAAAUUAGAGGCAAAGAUAAAUGCUCUAGAGGAAGUGGUUCUUGCACUUGGUCAGGAUAUAGCUAAUUUGAAAAGCACACUCGCAGUUCGUUGCCAUGGGAACUUUAAGUCUAUUUGUGUAACUCCAUUGGUCUAUAAUACUUCAGAAACUUGGGAGAAAGUGAAGGCUCAUUUGCAGGGGGUAUGGCAGAAUAGCGAUAUCACACAUGAUAUACAGUCUUUACAAAAGGACAUUUCAGCCAUGAGUCAAUCUUAUUUACAGUUGGGCAACUUACAAGAGCUGGCUACUGAUUUGGAACAAGGAUUGAAGACUAUGAAUCCUUUAGAUUGGGUUCAGUACUUCAUUCUCAUAGGAGUACUUGGGCUUAUUCUCAUUUUGGUCAUUUUCUUGUUUCUGUCACUCAUUAAAUGUUUGUUCAACUCUCUUAAGGCUGUGAAGCAGGACGUUUUUGAGCUUCAUUUUAAAAACAAAAAAGGAGGAACUGCUACGCCCACAGCCGCUGUAACGCCUGUGUAG